AUGGAGAGGCCGAUGAUGCAGAAGGACAUCCAGAGCCUUACCGGACGCAUCGCUGCCUUAACACGCUUCAUCUCCAAAGCCACCGAUAAAUGCAUACCGUUCUUUAGGGCCUUGAAAGGGGGCAAACCACAUAUCACAUGGACUGCCAAAUGCGAUAAGGCAUUUCAAGACCUAAAGAACUACAUAAGCAGAGCACCACUGUUGUCGAAGCCACUUCCCGGGGAAAUUCUAUUUCUUUACCUUUCGGUAUCCAGCACUGCCGUCAGCUCAGUGCUGAUACGCAAGCCGGAGAAGGUAGAACUUCUGACUUUCUACAUCAACAAAACACUCCAAAGCGCAGAGCUUCGGUAUCCCCCCUUGGAGCAGCUUGCCUUGGCUCUCGUAAUCUCAGCUCGACGACUCCGCCCGUACUUCCAAGCGCAUGAAAUCACGGUUUUAACCAAUCAACCUCUUCGGCAGUUCAAGCCAAGGCCUGCAGAGAAGGGUCAUGCUGUUGCUGAUUUCAUUUCCGAGCUUACACCUUCGGUACCAUCGGAACCAGCCAGUUCAGAUGUUGAUGUUGAACGCCUCGAUCCUUCCGUCCCUGUAUGGGUUAUGCAUGUCGAUGGCUCGGCAAAUCAACAAGGUUGUGGAGCUGGUCUGGUGUUGACUACUCCAGACGGAGCCAAGGUCGAAUACGCCCUCCGAUUCAACUUCAAAACCUUCAACAACGAGGCAGAGUAUGAAGCCCUUUUGGCCGGCCUUUGGCUAGCUAAAAGCAUGAGUGCACAACAGGUCAGCAUUCACAGUGACUCCCAACUCAUAGUGAAUCAAAUAACGGUAGACUUCACAGUGAAGGACGCUUCCAUGUCUGCCUACCUUUCGGCAACACACCAAUUCCUUAAAAAAUUCCAGGCCUACGAGAUUCGGCAGGUCCCCAGGUCCGAGAACAACCACGUAGAUGCACUCUCACGGCUAACUUCGGCAAUAAACGACAAAGUCGGUAGAAGGGUGCCGGUGGAAAUCCUAGCCCAACCAAGCACGAUAACCUCUGAAGUAUGCACCGUACGGUACGAGAACACUUGGACAUCCCCAAUCUACGCAUACUUAACGAACGGUACCCUGCCCCAAGACAAAUCUCAUGCCCAAAAGCUAUGGUACCAAUCGGCAAGAUAUACAGUCAUCAACGAUGUCCUGUACAAGCGAGGCCAUACCACGCCGUAUCUGAAAUGCCUCACCACAAAACAAGGGGACUACGUCCUUCAGGAGAUCCAUAGUGGCGUAUGUGGUGACCACUCGGAGUCCCGAUCGCUACCACACAAGGCUUUUCGGCAAGGGUAUUACUGGCCAAUCAUGCACCAAGAUGCGAAUGCACUAGUGAAGAAGUGCGACAAAUGCCAACGGUUCGGUAACGUGCCUCAUAUCCCUGCCGAACCCUUGAUGCCGAUUGUAAGCCCAUGGUCUUUUGCCCAAUGGGGACUGGCCUAG